GCAUUGACAACUUAUUAAUGAUCACGUGAUAUUGUUCCCCGGGGAUUUCGAGAUGGAGAUUGGAAAUUGUAAUGAAACAAAAGAAAAUUUAGGACUUUUAAAUGUUAUACACAAGGGGAAAAUGAACAAAGAAUGUGAUCAAUCACAUGGAACAAGAAAAAUUUUCCAGACUCUCCAAUCUUCAGCACAAAACCCACAGAAACUUAUUGGACAACCCUCUGUUACAAAGAAAAAUACAACAAAACUAGUACCUCUGAAGGAACCUUUGACUGUAUACAAAGAUCCUAAAAAUGAGAAGACUUUUGAUGAUAAAGCUGUACAGACAGAGAGGUUGAGAAGUCUAGCUUGUGCAAAUGAUGAUAUUGAACAGGAAGCUUAUGACUUAAUGGUCAGCGAGGAAGUUCCUGAGACUUAUUGGAAGGAACUUGCAGAGCAGAGACGGAUAGCAUUAAAUGAUUCACUUCAUGAAAAUGAAAUGCUGCAUAAAGAAGUUGAAGACCUAAAAGAGGAAAAUUCCAAGUUAACAGAAAUGGCUGAAAAGGCAGAUUACUUUGCUGAUGUUAUUCAGACCAUUCUAGGAACUGAUGAGGAAAGUGUAACAAGGAAAAUUAAAGAAAAGAAGGAUGAGAAAUUAUCAGAAGAAAGUCAAACAAGAUCAACUGAAGAAAGAGAGAUUAUCUCACCAGAAAAAAAAGCAGUUCAAUCACCUACAGAAAAUCCAGCUACAUCAACUACAGAAAUAAAACAGUCAAAUGAUUGAAGUGAGAUAUGAGUUGAUUGUACUUGACGAUAGAACGAGGGAGCGGCAUCCUGGUGUUGCUGAGAACACAGAUUGGACCCAUUCAUCCUCAGACUGCAAAAAUAUGCACCACAACAAAUGAACGUAGUCAAAUUAGCAAACUCAAGUCUGUUAAAAAAGGAGGUCUUGACUGAAAAAUACAAACUCAUGUACUACAACUUGCCAUCAGAUUUAGUUCAUUCCUGGCUGUUUUAGUUUUAUCUGUGGAAUAUAGGUCUUGCAACAGGCCUGUGACUUUUUAUGAUUUUAUUUUCUCGUGUAUUUUCAUUUAAUUUGUAUGUUGUGUACUUUUUUAAUAGAAUAAAGAUUCUCUACUUUU